GAGAGUCAAAACGACCACCUUCGAGGCGCUUCGCGCUUCGUUUUCGCAGGCUUUAACUCUUGUUAUCGAUAACCAUGGAUAUGCAAGACCAGCAGCAACAGGAUCAAAGCCUAAACUUGCCCAGGGCGGAUUCUGGAACGCUCGCUUCUGGACCGCCUUCAGUACCGACGACGCCCGCUUUGUCUUCGCAGGCCGAAUUCAAGAACAAAAUCAUCGAGAUCCUAGCUGGUACCGCUAAUGGGUGCCUCGCAGAACUGGGAUACUACCCUACUUUACACGCGGAUAUGCAGAAACUCAGGGCUCAAAAUCAGUUUUUGACCAAUUGUCUCAAUGAGAGAGACACUCUUAUAUCGCAAUGGCAGCAAGAGAAUCGUAGGUUGUGGGAGGACAAUCGUCGUUUGAUAUCCCUCAAUACAGAUAUCAAAGCAAAAACGGCUGAGAUUGAUACCCUGAGGGCGGAAAUCAUGGGGAAGGAUAUGACCAUCAAAGAACUGACUCGUCAGGUCAGAGGCGUUUCUACGCGCGAGGCCGAUGCUUACCAAAUUCUGCUUCACGAGCAUCAAGCACUACUAGGAAAGCAGCGCGCCACACAUAACGAGAAGCUAGUUCUAGAGAAUACCAUCGCGCAAAUGAAAUCGAUGGGUUUCGGUCUAAAUAAUCAGCAAGGCGUAGCAGGACCAUCAGCUACUACCAGGCGAAAUUCAGCUCCGAUCGCUCAACCCUCUCAACCCAUGCCUAUAUCCCAACGUUCCCCUCAGUCCCCGUCGCAAGCAAUGCCCAAACAACCUACCCACCCCCUAGUUGCUCAGAUCCUCCCGUUUCCUAGGCAGCAGCAGCUACAAAACCCGGGUGUUGUCGCAGGAUGGACCGCUAAUCAACAUCCUCAACGGGCACCCCAAAUCAUACGUAUCCCUUCCUCCAGAACUGUCCAAUCUCCCAAUCCACCCCUCCAUAUCAGUACCCAUUCUUUGCCACCUUCUGCCCAAAUGCCUCCCACCCCACCUAUGAGCGCGUUUCCUGCCCAGUUGUCCCCGUCAGUCAGAACUCCCGUUCAAGUAAACCAAUACCCUCGAAUGUCUUCUAAUAACCAACCCUCACCGGUGCAAUCAAACUGUCCACCUCCACCACAGUCACAAGUUCCCGUACAACAAUCACAAGCUCCCACACAACAAUUACAAGGAGCGCAAUCCUCGGUGCAAGUUCCGACACCACCAGAACAACCUCCUCCUCAGACCCAGAUUCAGAAUGGAGUUGUUCCACCUACACCACCUGUUUCUCACAAGUCGAUGUCACCAGAAGCUUGCCCUGAGACGAAACCCGUUAUCGAUGCGGCAGGGAACGUAGCUUCGGUUUCAGGUACUGAAGCCGAGUCUAACAGUCCGACAUUGAAGCGGUCUGCUAGCUCCGAGCUACCUGAGUCCUCCAAGAGGGCGAAAGUAGAGCAGGCGGAAGAUUCUCUCCUGAACACUUCCGUCGAGAUGCAUCCCAGUGACAACGACGAGGUUGUAGAGGUUGAUGCGACUGGGUUGAGACCAAUCUCAGUUGUCGUGGCCGAAGAUAUGGUGGUCGCAGACGAAGCGGACCCGAACAUCAAGCAUUGUUUCUUUUGUCGAGCACGAUACGAACAGGGUGCUUUGUCCGAACCCCCGAAACCAUUCGUCAACAACCCUGAAGAGAUGGAGAAACACAUGAUUGACGCUCAUCCAAUUGCUCUAGAUUCGCUGAGGAAACAGAUAUUUGAUGAGUAGGUUUGGUCUGUUGCAUUUCACUGUCGGGUUCUACGGCCGUUCCAGUAAUACUGUGUUCAGCUCUCUUUGUUGUCGGUUUUCCACGUUGCAUAUUAAAUUAUUUCCUUCAAUUCUCUCGACCACAUGUAGCCAUGUUAUAUGAUAUAGAUGCCCUUUGCCUCAGAUUGGCCAAGUUGAUACAACGUUAUUCGGCAAUGGUUGCUCUUUGUAAGGAAUAGUGGGCGCACUUGGCGUUGCUGUUGGACGAUAAUCCUGAAUGAGAGCUUAGCGUUAGGGUCUAUAAAGAAAAAUAUAAUCUACCUUGACC